UUUUUCAAUCGGAAGAGUCGAGAGGCAAGAGUGGAGCCGAGACUCAAGUGGGUGAGAGAGGCAGAGCCGGGCUCUCCAGUCUCGAGGCUGGGCCCCAGUUGUAGCCUGCUAGGCGGAGGAAGUGUGUGAGUGCUUCGUGACGACGACUCUAUAGUCUUAAAUAUUUUGCUUGGUGGUGCAUUUACACUGUUUACUAGGUACACGGGCGCACCCGGUCUUUCUUUUCCAGCCGGCGCGUAACACGUUGAAGAAACGAUCUCGAGGAUCUAUCUUGGAAAUAUAUGUGUAUUUAUUAAUGAACUCUGCCAGAUAAGAGGAGGCUCGUGGUUGCCCUGCGGAAUGUGGCCCCGACAGUAAACUCGAAAUUACUUCGCACAGCAGCUUCAGGACGGAUGGAUUGGAAAUAGUGCUGGGAGACCCGAGAAAAUAAAUCGGGAAAGUGUCGUCUUCAGUGUUAUUCGCGAGUGCGUGUACGGUGAUCAUUGACACAAUAGAAAAAGUGAAUUAAGUCUGACUUAGUUCAUCAGGCAUUCUUCGUUUUUUGUUUGAACACUACAAAAAUGUACUGCGGAAUCAUGCUGAGAGUCUUGCUAGUAGCUUUUGUGUGUUUCGCCAGCAUUUUUGCUGAGCCCGAUCCAACGCCCGAUGAACAAUUCAACAGGAUACCGCAGAAUAGAGGCGACGACAGAUGCUAUGACGAACGUGGACGAGCACAGAGGUGUAUACCACCGUUUAUAAAUGCAGCAUACUAUGUCCUCAUGGAAGCGACAAACACGUGUGGACAAGAUAACGUGCCAAUAGAAUAUUGUAAGCAGACGAGAGUACAAAAAAAGUCCUGUACUUAUUGUCGAUUUGGAGAUCAUCCAGCAUCCUUUUUAACCGACCGGGAUAACAAUGACAAUGCAACAUGGUGGCAGUCUGAAACUAUGUACGAAGGAAUCGAAUAUCCAAACCAGGUCAACCUGACACUUCAUCUUGGAAAGACCUUCGAUAUUACCUAUGUUCGAGUGCUGUUUGAAUCUCCACGUCCUGAGAGCUGGGGCAUCUACAAGAGGAAGAAUGAAAAGUCACCUUGGCAGCCUUAUCAGUUUUAUUCUGCCACGUGCAGAGAUACUUAUGGAUUGCCUGAUUUUAAGGAAACUACUCGUGGAGAUGAUACUCGUGUAUUGUGCACGUCUGAGUAUUCGGAUAUAUCACCUUUGUCGAAGGGAGCCGUUGCAUUCUCCACUCUGGAGGGUCGACCUUCUGCAUACAACUUUGAGUCCAAUCCAGAGCUACAGGAAUGGGUACAGGCUACUGACCUGAGGAUCACCCUAGACAGACUCAACACUUUCGGUGAUGAAGUCUUUGGCGAUGACCAAGUAUUGAAAACCUAUUAUUACGCCAUAGCUGAUGUGGCUGUUGGUGCACGUUGUGCCUGCAAUGGCCAUGCUGGAGAAUGCGUGAACAGUACCAGUGUUGAUGGAAGGACUCGACUUGUAUGCCGCUGCGAGCACAAUACAGCUGGUCCUGACUGCAAUGAAUGUUUGCCAUUUUAUAACGACGCACCCUGGGGACGAGCUACAACCAAGGAUGCACACGAAUGUCAGCCCUGUAACUGCAAUGGAUAUUCGGACAGAUGUUAUUUCGAUAAGGAACUCUACAAGGCAACGGGUCACGGUGGACACUGUCUCGAUUGCAAUGACAAUCGUGACGGAGUUAAUUGUGAAUACUGUCGCGAGAAUUUCUAUCAGCGACGCGAAGACGAUUAUUGUGUGCCCUGUAAUUGCGUUGAAACGGGAUCAAGAAGUCUUCAGUGCAACAGCGAAGGAAAGUGCCAAUGCAAACCAGGCGUUACUGGGGACAAGUGUGAUCGUUGUGCACAAAACCAUUACAAUUUUGGAUCAUUGGGAUGCACGUCUUGCGAGUGCAGUGUUCCAGGAUCAUACGAUAACACGCCGAGUUGUGACUCAGAGACAGGAGUUUGUGCCUGUAAGGAAAAUGUGGAGGGAAAACGUUGCAGAGAAUGUCGACCAGGAUACUUUAAUCUUGCCUCUGAAAAUGAAUUUGGUUGUACACCUUGCUUCUGCUAUGGACAUUCGUCCGUGUGCACCCCAGCAUCAGGCUACGCUAAAGUUGCGAUUGAGAGUUUGUUUGUAAGAGGAACUGAAAAGUGGUCUGCAGAUGUUGCUGGAAAUUCUUUCCAACCGCAUUACGAUCCUGUUACUCAAACUAUAUCGGUAACAGCACCUGAUCGUGACAAUGUCUAUUUCGUAGCACCAGACAGAUUCCUGGGCGAUCAACGAGCAUCUUAUAAUCAAGAUUUAUCCUUUACUUUGAGAAUCGGAGAAACCGGACCGGUUCCUACAGCUCGCGACAUCAUUCUUAUAGGGUCAAAUGGAAAGCAAAUAACACAGCCAAUUUUCGGCCAAGGAAACAGAAUGCCGACAAUAACUGCUCAAGAGUAUAAGUUCAGAUUACACGAACAUGUAGAUUACGAAUGGGAGCCAAGAUUAUCAGCAAGAGAAUUUAUAUCAAUUCUGUCAAAUUUGACUGCUAUCAAAAUCCGUGGAACGUACACUCACCAAGGUAGAGGAUUCCUGGACGACGUUCACUUGGAAACAGCGCGUCGAGGUGCCGCAGGAGAACCUGCAGACUGGGUGGAACACUGCCAAUGUCCACAUGGUUAUGUAGGACAGUUUUGCGAAUCUUGCGCACCUGGUUUUCAUCAUGAUCAUUCAAACGGCGGAGGACCAUUCGCACUUUGCGUACCAUGCAACUGCAACGGUCACGCUGACAUUUGCGAGGCUGAAACUGGUCAAUGUAUUUGCCAACAUAACACCGCUGGUGAUAACUGUGAAUACUGUAGUCGCGGAUACUAUGGUUAUCCGUUGAAGGGAACACCUAACGAUUGUAAACCGUGUCCAUGUCCAGACAAUGGACCAUGUACUCUAUUGGGUAACAGUCCUGAUCCAAUUUGUCUAGCAUGUCCUGUGGGUCGGACAGGUGCCAGGUGUGAAAUGUGCUCGGAUGGUUUCUUUGGAAAUCCUGAAUUAGGCAUUGCAUGUCGACCUUGUGAGUGCAAUAAUAACAUCGAUUUGAAUGCUAUUCGAAAUUGUAAUCACGAAACUGGAGAAUGUUUGAAGUGCGUGAAUAAUACUGCUGGAUUUCAUUGCGAGGAAUGCUUGUCAGGAUAUUACGGAGACGCUUUAUCUGAGCGCAAGGAAGAUGGAUGCAAGUUGUGUCAAUGUUAUGCAGCAGGCACUCUUGAGUUAGAAGAUGGAAGUGUUGCACCGUGUCAACAAAUUAGUGGACACUGUUCAUGCAAGCCACAUGUAAUUGGUAGAAAUUGUGACAAGUGCGAAGAUGGGUAUUACCAAAUAAACAGUGGGGAGGGAUGUACCGCGUGUAACUGUGAUCCUGAAGGAUCGUACAAUCGUACCUGUGAUGUCAUUACUGGACAAUGUCAAUGUAGACCAGGAGUAACUGGACAGAGAUGUGACGUUUGUCGUCCACUUCAAUAUGGAUUUAGUCGCGAAGGUUGUAAAUCUUGUGAGUGUGACGAAAUUGGAUCACAAGACUUACAGUGCGAUGCCUAUGGACAGUGUCCUUGUCUGACCAACGUAGAAGGAAGAAAGUGCGAUAGGUGCAAAGAAAAUAAGCAUAACAGGCAAGAUGGUUGUGUAGAUUGUCCACCGUGUUACAAUCUUGUGCAAGAUGCUACAAAUGCACAUAGAAGACGUUUAGCUGAAUUGGAAGAAACUUUGAGGAAAAUUAACAGUAGUCCCACAGUGAUAAAGGAUACUGAUUUUGAGAAAGAACUGAAAAACGUUCAGAAUAGAGUGAACACGUUGUUGCAGAUAGCUAAACAAGGAUCUGGAAAUGAGAACAAAACUCUGGUCGAACAACUGGGCGAGCUAAAUGAACAGCUUAAUGAAAUAGAAGAGACAUUAGAAAAUGUUGUAUCGACUGCUGAAGAUGCAGGGGCUACCACUCAGGAAGGGUUAUUGAGUAUUGACGAGGCAGAAAAAGUAUUGGAUAAAAUACACGAACAAUUGGCUGAAGCUGAGAGUUAUUUGGCAAUUGAUGGCGCUACUGCACUGGCAGAUGCUAGAAAACAUGCUGAACAAGUUGGCCAACAGAAUCAGCAAAUGACUGAAAUUGCUCAGGAAGCUCGAAUACUUGCAGACGUAAAUACCAAUGAGGCGAAAAAGAUUCAGGUUCUGGCGGAAGGAGUUCGCAAUACCACGAUAGAGGCUUAUGAUUUGGCAAAGAUGACAAUUUCAAAAUAUUCGAACAUCAGCGACGAAAUUAAGUCUUUGGAAAAUGAGCUGAUACUUUUGUCUGAACGUCUAACUGAAGUUAAAGAUCUUAGUAACAUAGCAGCAGAAAAGUCCGCAGCUGUUUUGCAAGAAUCUUUAAAUAUAUUAUUACUCAAUGUAGCUGUCCCGUCAAUAGAUAUCGAGGAUUUGCAAAAGAAAGUAGAAGCAGUUAGUAUUGAGGGCUUAAGAAUAAAGGAGGAGGCUCAACUGCUACUUCAGGAAAAUGACGGUCUGAUUUAUGAAAUGACUGAGAAAGUUAGGAAAACCGACGAUCUAUUAAUCCGAGCUCAAGAUCAGCAAGCAGCAACUGCCGAAUUGCUGGCUGAGGUUGACAAGGCUAAUGAGAAAGCAAAUGAUGCUGUAAAACGUGGAGAUCAGACUUUGAAAGAAGCUCAGGAAACUUUGGAAAAGUUAAGCGAAUUUGAUGCUGAAGUACAACGAGAAAAAAUCAAGGCUCAAGAGGCACUUCUAGGUAUCAAUGAAAUUAAGGAAUUGGUGGAUGAAUCGCGUAUGAAGAGUGUCGAAACACAAAAGAUUCUAAAUGGCGCCCAAGACAAGGCUAUCAAUGCACGAGAUAUUGCAAAAAAUGCACAGAUAAAUGCCGACAUAGCAAGUGCCAAUGCAAAUGCUAUCAGAGUAGAAGCUAAUAGAACAAAGUUAGAAGCAUUAAGUUUAGGCAAUGAAGCAGAGAAGUUACAUGUCAGAGUAGCAGAAACGGAAGCCGCAGUGAAGCGAUAUGAAAACCAAGUAGCACAAGAGGGUAACGCCACAAGUGAUGCAAAUCAUAAAAUUGGACAAACAAAAACAAACGUUACGCUCGCAACUCAACAAGUCGAUAAAGCAUUAGCUGAAGUGGCAGAAAUUAUGAAAGAACUCGAAGCACUUCCAGAGAUUGACGGAAAACAGUUGGAUUCGUUGGAGCAGCGAUUGGAAGCUGCUGAAAAGGAAAUAGAAGCUGCCAAUUUGGAUCAGAGAAUUCGAGCGCUGACGGAUGCAAAAAAUCUGCAGACCCAAUGGGUCAAGAAUUAUGAAGAUGAAGUCAACAGACUUCGAAUCGAAGUUGAAAAUAUAGAAGAUAUUAAAAAAGCGUUGCCAACGGAUUGCUAUAAGCGUGUUCGUUUAGAGCCCUAGAUGUAUGUAUCUAUUACGUACAUAAACGCGGCACCAUCAAAUUUGUACCAAUAAUAUUCUUUUAAUAACACUGUUUUAUUUGUACAUUUACAACUAGAUUAUUUUAUUUAACGUGUCAGUUAAACAGAAAGUGUUUUCAUGUUCUUUGGGGUUCAGCUACAUUAAUAUGGUGCAAAACGAUUGCAAUACAAUGAACGUUAUACCAAAGAUUUUGAUCAUAGAAACAGUUUGAUCGCUAGCCAUACUUUGAAAUGAACGGUUUACGUAAGUCGUAAUAAGGAAACAGUGUAACAGCUAUCUAUCAUAUAUUCGUUUUUAUAACCGUGUGCAGAUAAAGUAACGGCGAUUCUAUAUUCCGAUUACAAAGAUUAAGAGUUUUUCGUAAAACAGAUAGUUCGCAAGCACGCUAAUAAAAAAUGUUACUAAAUAUUCAGGAGGCAAAUCAUGAGACUGUGCGUACCUCAGAAGAAAAAGUGCUUUACAGUAGAGUCAUUUAAUCAUUUUGUCGUAUCAAGGUUACGAAACGUAACGAUUUUUUCGAAGCUUUUUUUUACUUAUAUAAAAUAAUAUAAUAGAACACUUUUAUAGUUUAGCGUAGUACAAAGUGUAGCGGAGAACAUUACUAGAAUAAAAGAAUUUUAACGUA